UUUCAAUGUCUUUACUCCCUCACCCACAUCACACACCAAAAAAAAAAAACAAAGAGAGAAUCUGGGAACUUUAAAACCAUCUCAAAAGGCACAGUAUCAGACCACAACAACAAAAGCAAAGCAUCUUCUUUUGCCUCCGCUUUCCUUCUCUAUCUCCCAAAAACCCUUCCCAGCAAACAAAAAAAAAAACAGUAACAGAAAAUCGCAGUCGCCAACAACCCCAAACCCCUCUCCUUUUAUUACAAGAAGCAGAGAAACCCAAGUGCGCAACGUGACAAUUUCAGACCACGUACCAUGAAUGAAUCUGACGAGUACCCAAAAGAGCAUUACGGAGGCCAAACAUCCAUGUCGUCCUCAUCAACCACAAGCGUCCACGUCACCGCCCUGGACGGUCUGGUCAACGUCAACUCCCUCUUCACCAUCGCGGUCUUCGUGGGCCUGUCCCUGACCGUACCGGGACAAAAGAGCCUCGAGAACCGGACAGCCUGCGACGCCGGCAAUGACGUGGCGAAGAAGCUUCUGGUGUUCGAGGUUGUCUCCUUCAGCUUCUUCCUCUUCUCGUCCCUGGUCGCCCAGGGCCUCAAGCUCGCCAUCAACUUGCUUAACAGCAAGGAAGUCGACGAGGCCUUCCGGGCCCACAUCAACAUCAAGGUGCUGAGGUUCGGGAUGUUGGGGUCGGCCUUCGGAUCCGUCAUGGGUUGCGUCUUUCUCAUGUUGUCGAUGGUCAAUGUGAUCCAGAUCCGGUUGGGGAUGUUGUCCUGUGGGAGCAAAUCUGCUGUCCACUCUGUUGCGGCUCUUAUCGUUUUGGUCUCUUCGGCGCUCUUGGUCUAUCUCUCUACUGCUAUCUAUGCUUUUCUUCACUAGCAAAACCCCAGUUUCUUGUUCAAUUCUCAUAAAUUUGUAUACCCAGUUCAGGGUUUAUGGGUUCUUGGUUCUACAUACUUUGGAUUGGUCAGACCAAACAGAGUACUAUUCUGUGCCCCUUUUUUUUUUCUUUUUUUUUUUGAGUGUAGAACACUAUUCGUGCUAUUAUUUUCUGGGGCAGAAGUACUACAACUUGCAAGAAGGCAUUACGCUCAAGGCAGAAAACCUAGAAGCAAAGAAAUAAGUUGUCUACACGUAAAUCUAUCUAUGGAAGAGCCAAGAGGAUAAGAGCAACAGCAAUGGGAUUGUGAAGCUGAGGCGUGAUGGCAUCGAGGGUCAGGGAUGGUGUGCUCCAACAUAUUUGGAACCCGAAUUUGUGCCCUCUGGAUUCUCCGGCACCUUAAUUGGCUAGAGAACAAUUUUGACCGGGCAUUCAGUGAGAAUAAGCGACUAGCAUUUUCCUUGAAGUAUUUUGGAAUGUUGUAUGAUUUGUAUUCAGGACCCGUGUUUAUAAAAUAAAAAUUUAGA